UUACGUAGUACGUCUCGGCGAACUAGACACGGCGCGCGAGGACGACGGCGCGGCGCCAAUUGACAUCCUAAUUGAGAAAAAAAUCAAGCAUGAGCUAUACGAUCGCUCUGCCUAUACCGACGACAUCGCUUUGCUCGUACUACAGAUGGCAGUCACAUUCACCGACAUGAUCCGGCCAAUUUGCAUCCCUUACCCAGCGGAACUUCGUACAAACAGCUUCGAGAACUACAACCCUCUGAUUGCUGGAUGGGGAUCUAUUGAAUUCAGAGGAGCUUCAGCCACGCAUCUCCAAGUGCUGCAAUUGCCAGUAGUGUCCAACGAUUUCUGCAAGCAAGCCUACGCGCCGUACAAGGCGCAGAAAAUCGACGAACGCGUCCUGUGUGCCGGGUACAAGCGAGGAGGAAAAGACGCCUGUCAGGGCGACAGCGGCGGACCCUUAAUGCAGCCUAUUUGGAACAGCGAAACGCAUUCGACGUACUUCUUCCAAAUCGGCGUGGUAUCUUUUGGCAAGAAAUGCGCCGAGCCUGGCUUCCCGGGUGUAUACAGUCGCGUCACGCAUUUCGUGCCCUGGAUCCAAAAGACAAUGCUCGCUAACCCUUGAUCACGGUUUUGUCUUAAGAUUGUAUUAGAAAUUACGCGUCGCCCACAUCUACGUUAAGUUGUCAUGUUUAUGAAAGAUACUGUUGAAAUAUAUAUUUUAAAUUAAGUAAAUUAAUUUAAUUAUCUAUUAUUUAGAAAAGAGGCAGUAAAUUUGUUAGAUAAAACCUGUCAAUAACGAAUUUGUUCCACUACAAUGUGAUGGUGAUACAUUCAGCUCGAAUUUGAUAACAAAUUUUUAAGUCUAAUUUGCCUAUUCCAAAAUAUAGAAUAAACUUUUUGGGUAUUACGAAAUCUUUAAAACAUGCAAACCAUUAUUCAAAAUAGGCGUAUAAAAACGUUGCAAAAGGAGUUUUUUAAGUAAGCAUUAAUAAAGUUAUCAGUAAUCUCGUUUUGCUUAACGUCGGUGUGGACGAGGUUUUAGAGUGAACCUGUAGAAUUCAAUUUGCUUUUAAUAUGCUCUCUUGGGUUAAAUGUUACGCACUUUGUACUCGUCUAGACUUAUGUUGCUAUACUCAUCAGGUUGUGUUAUGCGUAAAACGCUGAAUGACUUUCCGAAAAGGGAGGAUAAAUAUUAGCUCGUCACAAGUGCAGGUAAGUCUUGCCUCCUGGCUGUAUACUUUUUGGCGCUUUCCGCGGCCAUCUUCCGUCGAACGUUGGAGCAAACUUGAAUGAUAAAAAUUGUGAAGAUAUUAUAACAUUAUUUUUGUAUAAAAAACUUUAAGCUCUCGUCUGAUAUGUAGUUAAGUCGAAAAGCACGAACGCCAUUAGUGUUAAAUUGAAAAGUAAUUUGCCGAUGUUACUCCUCUGUAAGUAAUAUAUCUUUGGUC